AUGGCAAUCCCCAGAGCAUCAGCCGGUCUUCUCCGCAACCACAUCCGCCCAGCAGCAUCACAAGCAAAAUCACCACGAGGCUUCGCAACUACCCAGCUCCGACGCAGGGCAACUUCAAAAGAUGACCUCGGUGGCCCAGGCGGACAACAGCCGCCGCCACCUAACCCAGGCGGUCCAGAAGCCGUCAAGCGAAACUGGAUCCCAAUCGGAGGCGCCGCUCUCGCCGCAGUAGCAGCAUACGCAUACCUCACCGCGCCCAAGUCCACUAUAGACAAGGCCAAGGAUUCAACCAGAACGGAGGAGUUGAACGCCAUUGGUGAGGACGCAAAAGACAUAGGUAAGAAGGUCGGGCAGCAGGUUUCCGAACAGGCGAAUAAGACGAUGAAGGAGAUGAGUGGGAGGCAGAAGACGGAACAGGGAAGCUUUCGACACGACUAG